AUGCAGGUGCAAAAGCGGAAGACUGGAUUGGCAAAGUGGACGAAGGAGCGCAACUGUGGCGAUCGCCCGCUGCAAAUCGCUGCAAAAGCAACCGUUUCGCCGAAAAGGGCCCCAGCCAGGAAGCUCGAACUGGAGCCACCCUCUCUUGCCCCUCGGUCGAGUGUGUGUCGCGAUCGAUGCAUUGUAGAGUACGCACUCGGCUCGCCGUCUCUGGAACGCGCUCCUGCAGCGCACUACCUAAACCACGUCACAAACCAGCGUCGCAAGUUUGCCUUCGAGGCAGCCUGUUGGCAAAAGGCCGUCCCAGUCACGCUCGAGUUGCGCCAGAUUCAUCGUCAAAACGACUUGGGGUUUAUUGAGCUUUUGCGCAAGCUACGCCGCGGUGACUGCUGCCAGGAGGUUGCGGACACCCUUUUGGCCACUGGAUCCCAGCAAAUCGAGCAGCACGGUGCCCUCGCGACACGGCUAUGCACGCACACUGACAUGGUUGUCUCGAUCAAUCAACAGCGUCUGGCGCAGCUUUCGGGAGAGCGCAUGACUUUUUACGCGCGCGAUACACCGGACGGCGACUCGCGCGUCACAUCGAUGCUCGACCUGAGCGUGCAGGCCCCGCGGACACUCGAGCUGUGCGUUGGGGCGCAAGUCAUCCUGCUACGGAACCUGGACGUGGCUCAAGGACUCGUUAACGGUGCGCGUGGAGUGGUCGUGGGCUUUGCCCGGCCAGCGCCAAACGGAGGCAUGGCGGCCGCGAAUGGCCGGCCCCAAGCUGCCAAUGCCCCAGCGUACACGGAGCUUCGACAGCAGGAGCUGGCCAACAACGAGCGCUAUCCCCUGGUUCGCUUUGUUCGCACUGGCACGGAACGCGUCGUUUCGCCAGCGGCAUUUGCGCUGCCCAGCGAUGCUACUGGAGCUAGUCAACGCCUGCAGGUGCCGUUGGCGCUCGGCUGGGCCAUCUCGAUUCACCGUUCGCAAGGGCUGACGUUGGAUUGCGCGGAAGUGUCCCUUUCGCGGGCGUUCGAAUCUGGGCAGGCGUAUGUCGCUCUCUCGCGUGUCUCCGCCCUGACCUCGUUGCGCGUUCUCGAUUUCCAGACCGAGUCGAUUCGCGCUGCCCCAGAGGCCAUCGCCUUCCACGACAGUGUUUCCAUCGUGUGUCUGGUGAAGUGA